UAUUUAAGAGGAGGCGUGCCAGUGUGGGGUCGGCGUCGGGCCGACACAGUGUGUGAGUGCAGCAUCAUUGUGAGGAGCGUCAGAGUGAGGCGUCAGGCUGGAGCCCUGGUACUCCUACACCCACUGGUUCCCCAUGGCCUCGUCCCAUGUGAUGAAGCCCGGCCCCAUGGAGCCGGUGCCCCGCAUGCAGCCAGCCAUGAUGAUGUUCUCCAGCAAGUACUGGUCCAAGAGGGGGCUGUCCCUGGACUCGGCCAUGUUCCACCAGCAGCAGCAGAGACACACCGGGGGGCAGAUGUCGAGGCGUCCGUCCUUCUGUCCCAUCAACGAGACACCGGACAAAGAGGGCGCUGAAGAGAGUGGGAAGACGGCGGUGGUGUUCUCUCUGAAGAAUGAGGUUGGCUGUCUGGUCAAAGCUCUGCGACUCUUCCAGGAGAAGCGAGUGAACCUGAGCCACAUCGAGUCUCGGAUGUCAAAGCGAGUGUUGAACGAGGUGGAGAUCUAUGCCGACUGCAACUGCAGUAAAAAAGAGUUUAACGAGCUGCUGCAGCUUCUCAAAGAUCACGUCAACAUCAUCUCCUUCAACACACCUGCACAUGUGUGGUCAGCUGAGGCAGAUGGAGACGAAGUUCCCUGGUUCCCCAUGAAGAUCGCUGAGUUGGAUCAGUGUUCUCACAGAGUGUUGAUGUACGGAUCAGAGCUGGACGCUGACCAUCCUGGCUUUAAGGAUGAAGUUUACCGUCAGAGGAGGAAAUACUUUGUGGAAGUGGCCAUGAACUAUAAAUUCGGGCAGCCCAUCCCUCGUAUCGAGUACACCCAGGAGGAGGUGAAGACGUGGGGGGUGGUGUUCAGAGAGCUGACCAAGCUGUACCCGACUCACGCCUGCAGAGAAUACCUGAAGAACCUGCCGCUGCUCAGCAAACACUGCGGUUACCGUGACGACAACAUCCCCCAGCUGGAGGACGUGUCCCGGUUCCUCAGAGAGAGGUCUGGUUUCACGGUGCGACCGGUCGCAGGUUAUCUGUCUCCCAGAGACUUCCUGGCUGGUUUGGCCUACAGAGUGUUUAACUGCACUCAGUACGUUCGUCACAGCACCGACCCGCUCUACACACCUGAGCCGGACACGUGUCACGAGCUGCUGGGUCACGUUCCUCUGCUGGCUGAUCCAAAGUUCGCUCAGUUCUCUCAGGAGAUCGGUCUGGCUUCUCUUGGAGCGACUGAUGAAGACGUUCAGAAACUGGCCACAUGUUAUUUCUUCACAAUCGAGUUUGGACUCUGCAAACAGGAUGGUCAGCUGAGAGCUUACGGAGCCGGUUUACUGUCGUCUAUAGGAGAGCUGAGGCAUGCCCUGUCAGAUGAGGCCUGUGUGAAGAUGUUCGACCCGAAGACGACCUGUAACCAGGAGUGUCUCAUCACCACCUUCCAGGAGGUUUACUUUGUGUCUGAGAGUUUCGAGGAGGCCAAAGAGAAGAUGAGGGAGUUUGCUAAGACGAUCAAGCGUCCGUUCUCGGUGUACUACAACCCGUACACUCAGAGCAUCGACCUGCUCAAAGACACCCGCGGCAUCGAGAACGUGGUGCAGGACCUGCGCAGCGACCUCAACACCGUGUGUGACGCUCUGGGCAAGAUGAACACCUACAUGGGCAUCUGACACGUCACACCUGAGUCACCGCUGAGCUCUGAUUGGUUUAAAACAUCACAUCACACCUGUGUUUGUCUCUCUGAGCUCUGAUUGGUUCAAAACAUCAGUGACAUGUACCUGUAACAGAAACGUGUAAAUAAGAUUUACUACAUUCCACAUGACGGUGUUGCUGUCUAACUGUGGAGGACAGAAGCUGCCAAAAUUGUAAAUAAAUAAAUGACUCUUAACGUGCCAUUAAAUGUAACAAAAAUAAUAUUAUAAAGAAACAUAGACAUUGUAUUAAUUCCUCUAUUUAUUUACUUUCCUAAUUAGUUUUCCCUUUUAUUUAUUUAUUUGUAUUAAUGUUGUAAUUUAUUUAUUUGUUGAUUCUGGCAGGUUCCAUCCUCCACACCUAAUCAAUCAGCUGUAAUAAAGGGGUGAUAAACUGUCAGUAAAGGCUGUAAUCAUGCUUAAUAACAUCAUUCACUGAUGCUUUAUAGAUAGUAUUAUUAUUAUGAGCAGUUACUUUUGAUCCAGGUUGUGAAAAGCUGCUGCUGUAAAUCCUUUCUUUCAGGUAAUAAUAAUAAAUGUUUUCCGUUGUGAAGAGAGCGGAGCCAAACUUUGACGUGAGCAGCUUUCGGUCAUGUUGCUUCAGUUUUGUGCUGUCAGUUGGUUUUUCAAAAUAAAACAGCA